CGCUAGAAAUAUUUGUUUAGGAAUGGCUGGUGGCGGAGAUAUUGAAAUUGACUAUGACGGCGAAGACAGUAAAGACACCUUUAGGGUGAAAGUAAUAUGUUUAGGCGACAGUGCCGUGGGAAAAUCAAAGUUGGUUGAGAGAUUUUUGUUGGACAAGUAUAAACCGCAUCAGCUCUCAACAUACGCACUGACGCUGUUUCGUUAUGAAACGAACGUAAACGAAGAGUCUGUUACAGUAGACUUCUGGGACACCGCUGGUCAAGAAAUGUUUCAGUCGUUACAUCCAUCAUACUACCAUCAAGCACAUGCGUGUAUUAUGGUAUUUGAUGCAACAAGAAAAAUAACGUACAAAAAUCUUGGUAAAUGGUAUGAGGAAUUACGCUACUACCGGCCACAAAUACCUGUACUUUGUGCAGCAAAUAAGAUCGACGCCAAUAUGGAAGUUACCCAGCGGUCGUUUGCUUUCUCUCAGAAAAAUAACUUGCCAUUGUACUAUGUGUCUGCUUCAGAUGGGACCAAUGUAGUGAAGCUUUUCCGUGAUGCCAUACAUGGAGCUGUGCAGUACAAGAAGAACCCAACAGACAUCUCUGAUCAAAUACUGGAAGAGCUUGAAAGGCUGUGAAUGUAAUACUGUAAGGAAUCGUUUGUUGUACUGCUGCUGAACUAAAUUUGGGCCAUAUUAAAGUUGCAUCAGGGUAAUUAAAUUUUAUUCUUCAAUUGUGCACCCCCACAGUUCAGCAGACAUUCAGUUCAUAAUACAGAUAGAAUGCAGUUCUUUGCUCUAUUUACAAGUAAUGUUGGCAUGUUGUGGUUCCCAUCUCUAAGGAGAGACCAGUGUACUUAGGGCUACCUUUUAUGACAUAUUAGAAAAAAGUAAAUUGCUGAAGUUUUGAGUGUUGAAAAUAUACCUUAAUAUACAAUGGAAGCACUACCAAUAUUAAUUUCAAACGUUCUUCAUAGCUUAUAUGGUACUGCAUUGUUGACUCCUACAGUUUUUCAUGUGACCCUAGUUUCAGAGUGGUUUUUUACUAGAUGCCACACUAACAUGCAAUUUUUAUUCAGUUAUGGCAAUUCACUUAAAUAAAAGGGUUAUGAAAUGCCUGCAUAUUUCUGCAUAGAAAGGGAAAGAAAAUGUAACACACUUCUUGAACACCUACAUGAAACUGGUGUAUUUAAAAAGAAACAGAGCUCUAAUUUAAUCAAAGUGGUACCUAAUGGACAUUGUUUACAAACUGCAUUUUUCAACAGUUGUGAAGUUCAUGGAAUAAAUAAUGCAGUUUAAGGUAUUUGAUGAGGUAGAAAAUUUUUACAUUACUUGUUAUCCCCUCUGCCCUUCACUCUUACUGCAUAAUGAUAAAAGCAACUCUCCCCCAACCAGUUUUGUUAUCUGUAGGCACUGAAUCAGUGUUUUGACUGUCUUCUUCAUAAAUUUACCUUUUCUCUUUAGCACCAUUCAUAGCUUUUUCCUAUUGGCAAUGUUCUGUUUCCCACCUGCUUUGUCAACGUCUUUCGCAUAUGUGUCAUAAUUCUGCAUCUGCUUGUAGGGUGCCCUCGAUUAAUCUUUGAAGAGGUAUACACUUGUUUAGGGGUAAGGGAUAUAGGCCUAGUACUUCGUUGGCAGAUGCAGUGAGUUGUUGAAAAGGAUAACUAAUCUUAUGAUUAAUUGGAAGCAGCAAUAGGACAGUUUUCAUUGAAGAAAGAACAUUCUUUUAAACUGCUGGCUUCUCAUUUUUAUAAACACACAAUAUUUAUACCCCGGGCACAUUGUUGACAAGUGGCUCUAGAUGCUAAUGUUUACAGUAAUUUAUAAAAGCUGAACAUCUUUCAGCAGCAGCACUUUUUUUUAAAAAAAUAAUACCUCUUUAUUAGCUGCUAGAAUCGUUCCAUGUUUGCUCAGUUUGUUGCAGUGUCGCCAACUGAGUUCCAUAAAAUUAAAUGUCCCAAAGAUUUUCCCAUGUAACAUACAUAACCUUGGGUGUAUUGGACUCCCUACACUGAAUUUGUUGAGUGAUUCUCAUGUAUUGAAUUCUAGUCAAAAGGAACAUGUAAAUGUAAAACUGAGAAUCUGAGCUUUUGGUAUUUUUUUCAGUAGCAACAGAUGGCUUUGAGGUCAAGCCACAACUGAUAAUAAAGGGCCAGACAUGAGAUGAUGCAUUCUUUCCUCAUACUAUCUUUGCUCAUCAGGUUCUCUUUGAUCUCUGUAGUAUGUAAAGAAAGAACUGUUCAUUUCAAAGUCUCUAGUUUCACUGGUGUCUUUGAUAUUACUCAGGUAUGAAUUUCCUCUCAGGAUUUUACCUGUUACAGGAUUUUACAGUAGAUAUAAAUGUUUAGAUGGUGAUGCCUUUUUAACAUUUUGUACAGCAUAGUAAUAAGAGAAAUUAAUUAUGUAUUAUACAGUGGUACUGUUUUUGUGACACAUCUUUUCAAUAUAAGGAAAAUUAUAUUUCUAUUGGAUUUCUGGACUGCAAUUUUUACAGUGUUAAGGCAACAGUACUGCAUUUUUUGAGGCCUUAAAUGGUGUGAAAACCAAAUGUGUAGCCUAUGUCAUGUACACUUAAGAACAAGUAUAUCCUGUGACUUUGUUUCAGUAAAUAAUUUUUUUUAAAUAACCAACAUUUAUAAACCUGUUUUAGAGUUCAUGGACUGACAGGGAGUACAACAUUUGUAUAUGUUGGAAGAAUGUAAGCUUAUAGCUUCUAAUGAGCUUAGUGUGUGCCUUACAAUGAGUACGCCUAAAGUAUGUUGUGACUAGCAAGUGUUAGCGCAUCUCAGUCAUUAAAUUUUCUGGCACAUUGUUGAGUUUGAUCAAAAAAUUUUAUUUCGUGGGCACUUUGAUGCCAGACCGAAAUACAAGACAUUACUUAAAUUAACUACUUGACAAGCAGCCAAUUAAUGAAGAUGAAAGUUUAAUGAGCCAACAAACCAAUAUUGCUUGUUACACCUAUAAACCAAUAUAUUACUGGUGAACAAAUUCUGUCUUUUUAACAUUAUAUAGGCCAUAGUUGUAUCCUGUAUUUAUAUUUCAGAAAAUUAAGAAACUAGCAAAUUUCUACACAGGAGUGUCUUUAAAGGUGAAACAAGUGUCAUUAACAUUUAUACUUUUAUUGAGAAUUGAGUAUGAUGGGACAGAGGUGGUUCCAUGGUAGAUGCUUCAUGAUUUGUAGCAUCUGAAUCGACAACAAGCUAAUUUUUGUGUGUAACGAUUUGUUGAUCAAACAUGAGUAUGAUAUACCAAAAAGUUAAAUGAAAUGUUUACGAUUUUCCAUUUCAUUGAAGAUAAUCAUUUAUAUCAAUGUAUGCUGGGGAUCAAUAGCAAGGUGCUACAAUAACUGCCAGUAUUGUGUCUUUGGAAAAGUAGCACAUAAAUGACAUUGAUGUUUUACUUUAGUCUUUUUCCAGUAAAGAAAUAAUUGUGAAUUUUACUUGAUUUUGCAGAAAACACUGUAUAAUUGAGAAAACAUAUUGUGCUGCUUGCUUCACGGACAGUAUAAUGCAAGAACAAGAAAUAGCAAUUUAUAAAUACUAGAGCAUUAAAUUUUAACCAGAGAAUGGAAAACAGACCAGUAAAACAAUGGUGCAAUCUCUACUCUGGCAUUUCUAUGAUGCCAAACAUUUACAACCACAAAGUCAUUGUCACUAUUACUAUGUGGAAGGUCAUUCUUACAAUUAGGAUCAUUUCCAGUGGAGUCCGAGUAAUUUUAGGCUACUUUUUUAAAGUCAGUGUCUUGGUUUUUCAAAAAAUUUUACAUUGCAAAAUUUGAUGAAUUGUUGUACUUUAGAGUCUGAUGUGUGUCACAUCCUGAGCUGUAAGAAUAACUUUAUUCCAUGCACUCUAUUGACUAAGGCUGAUGGGUGCAAUGAUAGGUCUAAAAGCCGGUGGAACACUGAACUUUGUAAUUGUUCAUGUCAGUUCUAAAUGAUAUCUACAUUAACAGGUUAAUUAUUGUAAUUGCUCAGGUUUUAUAUUCAGAUGUGUAAUUGACUAGUAGAAACAUAUUUUCAUGAAAAUGUUUCACAAAGGACCUGUAGAAAAUUGUUAUACUCACUAUACUUACACGUCUUUCUUUUUCAUAAAUGUGAAGAGUAUGUAAAUAUAUGUAAAAUGAAAUGAAAUUUAUGAUAAUUCUCAGUUAAACUUCAUCUUUGAAACAUUGUGCAGUGUUUUUGUGAACGAUGGUGUCACUGAGACAUCUGUAUAAAACUGCUGUGACAGUAUUGUAUUCUUUAUGAUGUUACUACACAUAAAAAUCCGUCCAAUUUGUUAGAACAUAAAGAUUUUUUGGUUGUGAAUAAAACAACUUAUUGUUGUCAAAACUUUGAACUUGAUUUUGUUAUAAAACAUGCAGUACUCAAUAGCCUUUUAUGUAAGGAGAAAUUGUGGACGUGGGAAAAGUCAGGUGUAGGAUAGGUCUAGACAUAAAGAUAUAUACCUGUCAUUAUAUCCUUAAUUAUUCUUUUGAUAAUUUUAAGAUGGUUGUUCUCUCAAAGUGAAACUUAAUGAAAGAUCUCAAUAAAGCCAUUAUUAAGAACUGCACAUUUACGUGCCAUCAUUUCACAGAGGACCAGAGAUAGGUAUGGUAAAAUAAGCACUUGACUUACAUUUGUAUGAGUAAAUAAUUUGAGAACUGGAGAGAAACACUAAGAGUCAAAUGACACACACACACACACACACACACACACACACACACUGUGAAGCAAGGAGUUUUUGAAAAACUUUUCUUCCAUAAGACUAAUGAUUUCAAAACUUAAUUUGCAUAAGGUCAUAAAUUAGGAAAUUUAAGUAUGGAUUGAAUUGGACAGCCAAGCUCUUAAUAAAUUCUAUCUCUGAAUGGAAAAAAAGAGGGGCAUUCACUACAUAGUACGUAGCAACUGCAAAAUUCUUGCCCGGAACUUUGGUAACAAAUUAAAGCAGAGAGAACAAUGGUUCUACAUAAGUACAGUCCUGAUUUACUAGCAAGUAGGAGAAAUAUUUUAACACACAAAUGGUUGCAUCUAUAGUUAGUCGUGUCACAGAUAUUUAGCUUCUUAUAUACGUCAUUUAUUACUAGGGUGCUGUGAAACUUGUAGAGCAUGUAAAAAAUGUUAAAACACUUAAUUUUGCAAAUAAAUGUAACAAAAA